GAUUAUAUUCACGAUAAUUUAACAUCAAAUAUGAUCGCUCAUUUACGAUCCCAUAAUAUCAUAGAUAAAAAAAAGUUAAAAACUGAAGUACAGCAAAAACGACAAACCACAUUAUUAGAGGUGAUUAAAUUUAAUACUCUGCACAAAGGUGAUAAGCGAAAAGAAAUAGUCAAAGGAGUUGUUGAAUGGAUUCUUCUUGAUAAUGAACCUUUAUCGGCACCAAGAAAAAAAGGAUUUUGUCGCAUGAUGGCAAUUAUUGAUCCAAAGUUUCAUCUACCUUCUAACAAAAAAUCGUAUCGUGAAUCGAGAGAAAGAAUAAAAGUAGCAAAUUUGUUGAUUGAAGAUAUUUAUAUUCCAUUUAGUGCUAAAUUUAGUGAUCAAAGAUACUUACUCAAGCCAAUCAACAAUCAAGACCCAGAUCAACCAAGAAUUAACCCUAACUCGGAUCAAGUCUUUCACACCUCAAUUGAAGCAUUCGAAGCGUUCCACAGUUGGAUAAUUGAAUAUUAUAGAACCAGUCUUACUUUUUCAAUGUUAAAAUUAGUCUAUGAACUAGAGAUUCAAGAUAA